GGUUAACUGUGAGCUUCGGAAUGUGAGCUCGGUGCUCAGGAUAUGAUUCACGUGAAUCCUUCUCAUGUCGGAAGGAAUUGUGUACAACUGCAGGCCUGGCUUUAGUAUGUCAUUACGCCACAGCUGUCCGGACUAAACGCUUAGAAUGGAGAGUGGAGAAUCGUAUCGUGGUAACUGUUGCCGCCAAUGAACACAACAAGACAGACAUAUGGCUACCAGCAGGGCGAAGAUUUCAACAUGGCGCAGGGCGUUCCAUCUACCGAUGAGGAGAGGAACCUGGCGCUCUGGCCGGCAUUGUUGUACGUCGGGCUGAUCAUUGUGACAGGGACGGUUGGGAACAUCGUUGUCUGCUACGUCUACGGUUACAGGCUGCGUCUGACAGUCACGAAACAAUUCAUGUUGGUCCUAGCAGUCCUUGACCUUGCCAACUGCUUGAUCUGCGCACCGACAGAGAUGGCUGUAAUGUUCAAGAUUGUGUCAUUUAAUGCCCCCGUUUGGUGCAAGGUGUCGCGGUUUUUAACCUACACACUAAAUGGUUCUACAUCAUUGAUAUUAUUAGCUAUAGCUGUAGACAGAUACUGUAAGGUGUGCAGACCUUUGAAAGUCUGUUUUACCAAAGUGAGAGCGAGGAGAAUGUGUAUGCUGGCCGUCAUCCUGUCACUGGGCAUGUCAUGGCCGUCACUGCUUAUCUACGGAAAUAAAACUUUGAGUAUCGGCGGCACACAGAACGGCACAACCUGCCUUAUAGAAGACGACUACGAAAACACCUGGUACCCAGUCAUAUUCUAUUCCGUAUUUUUCAUCAGUUUUCUUGCUAUUGCAGCAGCAAUUAUCUCCCUUUAUGUGAAAGUUGCAAUGGAGAUAAAGCUACUAAGGGGCCGACAGGAAGAACGUAUCCGAAGCAGUCCUGUCCAUAGGCGGAUAUCAGGGUAUGUGGACAACCCAGAACACAUUGAAGCAAAUGUGCUAGACAAUAACUCACUUGCAGUUGGAAGUGACUCUCAGUUAAGGCCUCCCUCCCCACGGGCCAACCAACACGCCGUAAAGCUGGCCCAAGCCCUUCUGAAGGAUCUCCACAACAAGAAGACAGCCUACAAGCCGGCCAAGUCUACCCUCAUGCUGUUCAUCAUCACGGUCAUCUUCAUGCUCAGUUUCCUGCCUUUCUUCAUCACUGCCUUGAUUCGUGGAGCAAAACGUGAAAUGUUCCUUGCGAAUCUAACUGACACCACUGAGAUUAUACUGUUCAACAUCUUUGUGCGCUCCUACCUGUUGAGCAACGCCGCCAACCCGGUUAUCUACAGUUUCUGCAACGCCAGGUUCCGGCAAGAGUGCCGGCCCAUAUUCUGCCCAUGCUGGAAGAGGUCGGAGAGCAACGUUGAAAUUAAAGUGGAACAUACGGACAAUACGCAGUCAAUUCUGUGACAGACUUGCUGUGAUUAAUACUAGGUGGUCCAGAGACAUCCCAACAGGGAAAACAAGUGAAU